GCCCGCCCCGCGCCCGGUGCCGCUCCCGCACCCACGGAACGGACCCGCACCGCGGUCCCUCGGAUCCGGACCCAGUUCCGGCCCCCGGACUCACGGGCCCGCUGCCACACCCGGACCCGCACCGCGGGCCCAUGGACCCGGACCCGCGUCCCGGAGCCCCGCAGUCGGAACCGGAACCGCGCUCCGGACUCGCGGAACCAGACCCGAACCCCGGCCCGAAGCCGCGGCUCGGAGCUGCGGGCGCGGGCCCCGGAUCCGUGGAAGCGGACUCCGAGCCGAAUCGCGGUCCCGAGGACCCGGACCCGGACCCGGAUCAGCGGCCCGGCCCCGCGGAACCGGUUCCGGCCCCGGCGCCCGCCCCGUGCCGUUGGUUCCUGGAGGGCCGCUGCCGUUUCGGGCCGCGCUGCCGCCAUCCGCACCCGGGGCAGAGUCCGAGCGCCGUCCCGGAACCGAAACCGGAACCGAACCGGGAGGAACCGGGAGCGGCGGGGAAGAAGCCGCCGCUGCGCCGCGCCGCCGCCGUCGUCAGCCGCCUCCGCUGGGACCCACGAGUGGACCCCGAGGCCGCCACCGUGGAGUACCGCGACCGCUUCGUGGGCGUCGUGGAGCGGCCGCUGCCGGAGUUCUUCACGGGGCCGCUGUGCGACGCGGGGCCCGCGGACCUGGCGGUGCCCGAACACCGCAUCGUGCGCAUCCGUUACCGUGGGUGCUGCGUGUGGGACCGGGAGAACCGCAUCGAUCGCGUGUUCGGGUCGGGGGGGGGGAUGGGGACCAUGCGGGAGGUGCUGGAGGAGCUGGGGGAGGGCUGUGGGGAGUGAGUGGAGGGGGUGGGACGAACCCGCAGAGCGCCGUCGGGGGCCCUUCUGUACCCUGAAGGUGACGGUGAGGUCCCCUCCGCACUGGGGAUGUGGGCAUGCGGACACCUGGAGCCCUUGGCUGCUGUGACGUGGGCACGAGGGUCCCUUGUGUACCUCGCAGAAGGUGACACUGAGGUCCCUGUGCCCGUGGGGACGUGGAUCCCAAGUGAGGUGGCACUGUGGAUGUGGCUAAAAGGACAUGGGGGGCGCUUCUGUACCCCAGAAAUGGCACCAAAAUCCCCUUGGCACUGGGACGAGGACUAUGUGGGGGUGUGGACGUUGGGUCGUCGUGGCCGUGGGGUCAUGGAGAUGGGGGAUGUGGACAUGAGGGGCCCUUCUGUACCCUAAACCUGACACCUCCAUUUAGCACUGGGACAACACUAUGGGAAUGUGAAGGCCUCGCCCCAUUCUGUAGUCCCGUGGUGACAGUGAGAUCCUCUCAGCAUUGGGGAUGUGGGGGAACCUUCUGUGCCGCGAAGAUGUGGAGAUGGACACUUGGACCCCAGAAGUGACAAUGAUGUCCCUUUGGCAUCGGGGAUGUGGACAUAGGGGGCCCUUCUAAUGCACCGAAAGUGACACUGGGGACCCCUCAGCACUGAGGAUAGGGGCACCUGGACAAGGCCUCCGGGGUCCUUUUGUCAGAGGGAUGAGGAUGCAUGGGGCAUCCUUUCUGUACCCCGAAGAGAGUGACAGUGAGGUCUCCUUGCCUCCGGGGAACAACAAUAUGGGGACAUAACACCUGGACCCAUUCUGUCCCCCAGUGGUGACACAGAGGUCCCCUUGGCACUGGGGCCGUGGACACAUAGGUCCCCUGGCUGUAGGGAUGUGGGGGUCCCUUCUGUACCCCAAAGGUGAUGCCGAAGCCCCCUGAGCACUGGGACAACACUAUAGAAACAUGGACACAGGGUCCCCUCUGUCCAUGGGGGUACAUUCAGUACGCAAGAAAUGGCCCCCAAAUCCCUUUGGUGCUGGGGACGAAGACAUGGAUACAUGGACACUGGGGCCUCUUGGCCAUGGGGUUAUGGACAUGGGGGUCCCUUCUGUACCCCAACAUCCAGCACUGAAGAGGACCCCUCACCAAAGCAAUUGUGAAUAGGUGACCCCAGCGUCGCAUGGGAUUUUGUUUCCUCAUUGUUCUGUCCCAAAUAAAGGGAGAAUCGGUUAAAAAGCGUCUGUGUGGGUGGGGGCAGCGUGGGGAGCGGGGCCUCCUUCCCAGGAGGGAAAGGUAAAGCAAUGGGAGAAGUGCUGAAUAUGGCAAAGUCGGUGUAUGGUGGGAGAAGUGGGGUGCAAUGAAGGGCAGGAAAUGUGGAUGGAAUAGAAGAAAAGCAGAGAAGAGGAUCUAAUAGAGAAGAUGUGAUGGCACAAAGAUGACUUUCCUAAAUAGGAUCAGUUCCUGCAGAUUUAUUGGGGUGAGACUUCUUGUCCUCCCCAUGUGCACGGUGAGCAGAACUGCAGAAGGUGCAGUGCCCGGAACCUGGCUGCACCCAAUCCAACAGCUCAGGGGUAACUCAAAGAGAAGAGCACAUCGGAGCAAAGCUUACAGACAUCCCCUUGGCAAAUGCCAGCUCUUUGUGUAGAUGGAGAUCUCAGCAGGAGAAAUAAAGGGGAAAAAAAGC